CUGCCGGGAGCUUUCGUCUCGUGGCCCUCCCCUGCUCUGAUCUCAGCCUGCCAGUUUCUCCUCCCGAUCUGCGAGUCGCCGGCGAGUGCAGAAAUUGCUCGCGCCCCUAUAAAGCGAUCACUCGUCACCGUCGGUGAUGGUGUGAGAUUUGCGACGGUUUUCUUGAUUUGGAUUUGCGACCAGCGUGUGUGGUUCUUGCGAUCGAGUGGAAUUCGGACUGGAGUCUGUGGAUUGCGUAGCAUCUCGUCAACUCUGCAUACUCUCUGCUAGCUCACGGAGCUGAAAGGAAUUGGUAGAAUAUUUGACGAUCGACAGACAACAGUUGUAGGGCAUGGCGUGGCGUGGCGUUCGUGACAGCUGAUUGUUGCCUUGCCACGAGAUAAAUUUCCUCUGCUUACGUGUGCGUAGUAUUUUUCUUCUUGGGUUCCCCGAUCUCACGUUCCUGCGCGGUCCGAGCGGUCCCAGAGGUCGGGAAGUGUGGAAUGUCUUCUUAGUGCUGCUGUGCCUGGGCUUCACAGCUUCGUCAAUGCAAUGUCGUUGAGCAUGCUCUCGCUCGACUUCUUUGUGCAGCCUCCGGACAGGGAUUGUAGAAGCGUCUCCUUUCGGCAGUCGUUCGCCAUCGUGUGUCUGAGAACCAGUUUUACCUUCUGGCUCGUCCUUCACAUGUGAUCUGGGAGGUGUUUAGGAGCUCCCUCUUGUACUAUAUAGCUCUUGCGUGAGUGUAAAUUCCACUUCGAGGUUACAAUUUUCCUCUGCCAGUCUCCGUCCCCGUCUCGCUCACUCUUUCUCCCGUCUCCGUUUUAUCCCCGCGGCACAGCACAUCUUUCUACCAACAUGGCGUUUUCAGUACCGGAGGUGCGCGAUGAGCUGCUCAUGCUCGGGCACGCCAACGUUCCGGACCAUGUGAUCAUCGACUUUCUGUCGCAGACGCAGCAUUAUGAUUACAGGUCCGCGGAUCCUUCUUCGUCGUACGCCGACAGGAAGCCGAGCAGUGAUGUUGACUCGUAUGCGCCCGUUCGCGGAGGUAAGUCUUCGCGAGAAGUGCACGGACAACCAGUGCCAGGUGAUCGAGAUUUCAGGAGAUCGAACCAACGCUCUGAUAAUAACAACGGCGGAGGGUUGGACUCUCUAUGCUUCACUCCACAUUUUGCAGCCGAAGUAGAAGAAAUGAGGAAGAUGUUGCGAAUUAUGGAGGGCACGAAGGAGCAAAUUUUUGGCUCCCGUAAUUCGCGCAACAGAUUGAAGCAGGCCAUAGGAGUCUUGGGACUAGCAGACGAGCACGAGCAUUACGUAGGCAAGCUGUUCAGCGAUUGGAGGGUCGUUGGCAAGGUCAUGCGCUGCAAGUCGAAAGAGAAACACGAGGCCGGGAUUCCUUCCGUAUCCGAGGGCUCCGAGAUCUUGGAGGAGGAUGAUGGACCUGCGAGCAAUUCGACGCAGAAGAAGCCUGCGGUGUCGGGUAGGUUUGAUAUACGGGCGGAUAGUGCAGGUAUGUACAAUGAUGUUGCGAGUGAGGAUAUUGAGGAUGUAGAGAAGGACGAACACUUAGAACGACCGAGUGGUGGGAGGGCGAAGGCGGAAAGUACAUUUUCGGCUGAAUCAAAUGGAGAGGAGCGACCCACCGAUUUUGGUGAUGAUGAAGGAGAGGAGAUUUUGAGCAAGGCGAACAGAGCUAGGGCUAAGGGUACUAACGAUUAUGAUACAGGCGGGCCAGUUACAAUUGACAAAUUUGAGAGCGACGCCGGUCCCAGAAGAAGAAUCUCCGCAGGCGGGACUGGAGAAUUUUUGUGGGCAGAUAGCUCUAGCGAGGGUGAAUCUUCUACUGCUCACGAAGGCGGGAUCAUUUGUGAUAAGUCGAUAUACGAUACAAGUUCACACAACGGAGAAGAUGGCCUCGAUUCAAGUUUUGAUAUGGGCGCACCUUCUUUGGAGGCCAGCGACACGGAUCCUGAGAGGACUCUCCGGGGGCCAGACACGGAAGGUUUACGCGAUCCGGGAGCAUCGACAAAGGUGUACCGAUCUCCAGGAUCCUCCAAAUUAACCCAUCCGAUAUCUGUGGUUAUACCUACUGACAGGGAAAACCCAAUGGACAGUUCUUCUCUGCCGAGAACGCCAGAUCGGAGACACUCAGACCAUCACUGUCCCUUAAACGAUCGCAGUAAUAUUCCAAUGAACAAUGAGCAGAAGAGGGUUCAACGCAGGGCCACAGACGAAGGGCGUGCUCGUCUAAAACCUUGGGUCACAGGUUCCAAUACACCGGACAAGAGUCCUAAGCGGAUGCAGAGUUUUGGGAGGAGGGACAGAUCAGAAUCUAGAGCGAUUCCAACUCAGCCCAACAUCCCGGAGGACUCCCUCGAUCGAGCCCUCGCUAAAUCACCGCAGUCUUCACUGCCCUCUUCACUUCGUAAAGGAUCCGGCAAAGGUAGUCGCCCGGCCGAGAAGACGGACGCUCGCACUCUUCCUCGAGGCAAAGCCGAUAAUGAUGCUUCCAAGGCUCAAGGCGAGGCCUUGAAGGGCGUCAGUGAUCCCUCGAAUCACCUCGAAUUUACUCCCCAGCAUACGUUGCCACCCAUCAAAGUGGACAAAGGUUGUGGUGUCGCCGAGGCCAGACACACGUCCUGCGCUGUCUGUGCCGCUAGACAUGCGAGGAAUGGUGAUAGCAGUCCUUACGGACCGCCGAGUUUCGGAAGCCGGAGUCCAUUCGGGGGCGCAAGUAGCCCCGGUCCCCUGAGCAGAAGCGCCAGCGCCAAGACUUACAAUGGCCCGGAUGCUUCACCAAAGCAGCAAAGAAAACCCUCGGCGUUCAAUCCGGUGCCUCGCGACGCGAGGAACCCGAACUUUGUUGUCAAGACCAACGGACCUCGUCCAACCCCCUCUGAAAUUUUGGCUGACAGCGACAGGGCCCCUUUCCGGCGUCAGAGUUCUGUGAGAUCGAGCGCCGACAGCUUUCGAUCCGGUGUGCCGGGCUCUUCCAACGAAUCGAAGAGUGGCCUCGAGACGCCGGUCCUUUCAAGAUCCGCAACAACUCAGAAUGAGCGGAGUCGAGUCUCGAAGGUUACACCUGGAGGACCGCGGAGGGGUGGCAAAGUCGACCGCGUGGCAAGGUUUGCAGAAAUGCAAAAUCUUUGGAAAAGCGAUAAAUUUUUGAAGGCUUCUGGAAAGAGAAAGACACAGAGUUUUCACCGCAUAUUUUCAGAGUUGCAUGAGUCUCAUGAACGGUUUUAUGCUGCAUUCCGAGAACGGUGUGGGAUUGAAGAGUUUUCUGUAUUGGUCGCCUGAGCGUGUGGAACUGCUGAGGCAAAGAAAUUGAUGGUAACAAGUUGAUAGCGAAAGUAGGUCCGGAUGACACGCGGUCAAAUGAGCAAACACCGUUUGUGGUACCUUCUCUCCACAGCAGUUCUGAAAGGAUCAGGACUCCACCGUCGUUAUUUUAGUUUGUAAAUUAAGUUCUGGAUACAACCCUUUUCCGGGUUAGGAACUCGUAUUUCACGUUCUAGCUGCCUGCGUGAAUUGAAGAUCUGGUUCGUCUUCAGGCUCAUGAUGUAUCAUACACAGAGAUUAUCGGAGUACUUCAAUCAGCAGGACACAACUUCAUCAAGAGAAAGAACCACUGGUCAAGCAAUUAGCGAUGUUAGAACUACAACAGUAGGUCCUGCAAAGGUACUUUCCUCAGUUUGUACAGAAGAAACAAUCACCCGGUGAAUUCUGGCUUCAGCUUAUACAGCAAAUACAGCAAGCGUUUCACAAAAGCUGGCGACUCCAGCUAAGCUUACGUCUAUAGCUUGUGGACUUGACUUGGCUCUGGUUGAGAGACUCCUCAGAGUACAUUCCUACUGUCGUUUCUAUGCGGAGACGUGCUUGAUAGUUUUUGCACACUACGUACAAGGUGCACAUGGAGGGGCAGAGGGGACAAGACAUGUAACCGGAAUCUGCACCGCCCGACUUUCGUCAAGCUUGCUACUUACAGGGUGUAUAUGGGAGAGUGCACAGAAGUCAUGUCUUUGUUAACGACCGCUUGAAACAUAGCUUCGACCUCUUAACAACACCGAGUGGCCUGCAUCUUCAAAGUUGUAAGGCAAGGCGCGCUUCAGGUUGGAUUACUGGACCUAGCAGUGGUUUUGGAGUGGAUUCUUGCCUAUAAAAGGGACUGUCUAAGUUCAGCUUUGGUUUAUUUCAGUCACCUCGAGGUGGUUGCCAGAUGAUUUUUCAGUCGAUGGGACUAUAGCUUUCAGUCGCAAGCUUUUGUAAUUAGCUGAUUACAUGACGAAGUGAGUGACAUUCCGAGGUGGGAGCAUUCUGGCAGAUCUGUACUAUGGACAACUGAGGUCCUAGACCUCAUUUGGUUGUUUGCCUCAAUUAGUUGAGGUUCCUUCAGUGGUAGUAUGCCUUGAUAGCCUUGACACCUGUCCUUAGCAUUAAAUAAAUUGGUUUAUAGGUUGGUAGGGUGCACCAGCCCUGCAUGGCAAUUUGUGGAUGAAUAGCUGUUGCAUGUAGGGUAUCAUGUGUCAACAAUGGAGAACGAGCUAUAGAAAUUGUUAUUCCCCUUCGUUCUUCCUCUUGCCAGGAUGUGAGCAAUUCCAGAAGAAUAUCGAAAGCCAUUCCGACGAGAGAUUCACCUCUUGUAUGAUCAGGCCCCGAGAGGAUAGAACCGCAACAAACUAUUAGUAAGCUUAAUUGAAAGGUCCCGCCCAUGCACACAAAACCUCUCAUCUGUUAUCAUUCUCAUUCUCAUCAUUAGUACGUUCUCAUGAUUUCAUCUUCGUAGUGUUUGGUACAGAAAUUUAACUUCACAUGUACAGCAACAUCAGACUGCACAUUCUGAUUUAGGGGAUUGACUCUUGUCGAGAUGUGCAGUGGUACAGUAAAUGAAUUUGACUCUUUUUUAAAUUCCUGACUCCUA